AUGGGCGGUGAUGAUCCCCCCAAAAAACCAUCAACCAACUGGUUGCCUGGUGGUGCCCCCUACAGCUUGGCCAUUUCCUCUUGCGUGGCAGGCAACAGCUUGGAAGAUGUGCUGAACGCACCUGGAACCGUGUACUACGUGGACGCUCAAGGUCGGCUCUACUUGAAGUUUCUCUACGAGCAGAACGGGUAUUUCGAGGCUGCUGGAGUGAAGCAACUGACCAAUGGGCAUCGAUACCUUGCCGGCAAGGGCGCCCGUUACACCAUCCGCAGCAGCCUGUCGGGCGCCGUGGCCUUGGCCGUGCCCCCCGCCCUGAACGGCGAGCCUGUCACCGGCACCACAACGGCGUCGUCGACCGCAGGGAGCAGCGGCACCACGACGGCGUCGACCACCGCGGGGAGUACCACGGCAGCUGCGUGCGCGACCCAACGCUGGGAGAACUGCCGGCAGACCUUGUGCUGUUCCAGCUCAGAUGACGUUUGCUAUGAGAAGGAUCAGUACUAUGCUCAGUGCAAACCAUCAGGUCAGUGUACCCCAGGCAUCAACGAGAACGAGCCACCAGAAUACCAAACGCCAUGGAGCUGCACUGUGCUCUCGACGCAAACCACUACCAUGGCCACCACCACAACAACAACGAUGGGUACUACAACUGCAAUCACCACUACAACCACUACAACUACUACCACUACAACUGCAACCACUACAACUACAACCACUACAACUACUGCAACAACAACGACUACAACCACUACGACAACUACAACUGCGGCCACGACGACCACUGUCCCGACGAGCACGACGGCAACUGCCUGUGCCACACAACGGUGGAAAAACUGUCGGCAGAGUUUGUGCUGUUCCAAUUCGGAUGACACCUGCUACGAGAAGAACCAGUACUAUGCUCAGUGCCGCCCAACCGGUGAUUGCACACCAGGUCAAGGCCGUGCAUGCCGCAGGGCGCAUUCCAACGACAACAGCGCCAGCUACUACACCAUCUUCAGUGGAGUGGCAACAAUGGACGCGUGCAAAGACCACUGCGUCGCAACGGACACUUGCGUUGGCAUUGAAUACAACGUGGGAGGACGCUGUGAAGUUUGGACUCGAUCUGGAGGGAUUCAGGCGUCCAUCCCGCUGGAGAACUACUGGUGCCUGCGCUAUGGUUCCCAGAGCCCGGGCUUCUCCGGUACCUUUGAACCGGUGGACGGCGGUGUAGACCGCGUGUGCCGCGGAGCGCAUGAGAACGACAACUUCGCGCAGUACUUUGACGUGCAAAGCGCCGACCCCUUGGACGGCUGCAAGGGCCUCUGCGCGAGUACCGACGGUUGUAAAGGCAUCGAGUACCACAAGUACGGCCGCUGUGAGAUUUGGCUUCGCGAGGAAGGCAUCCAGGCCUCCAAAACGGCCACAGGCUACACAUGUCUGCGCUACAUCGCGUGA